AUGCCACGAGUCCUGCUGACAGGUACAAAUGGCUUUAUUGGGUCGCACAUAUUAGACACCCUGCUGUCGCACGGGGUUUCUGUACGAGGCCUCGUGCGAUCCGAUCAAAAAGCACGUCAAGUCGCUCUAGAUCAUCCCCAGGCUGGAUCACAGCUGGAUUUCGCCAUUGUCCCUGAUAUGACAGCUCCUAAUGCUUUUGACGAGGCAUUGAUAUCCGACCCGCCUUUUGAUGCAGUCAUACAUACCGCGAGUCCUUUGAGUUAUACUGCCGGCAAGACGCUUGCGGACUUCAUUGAACCUGCAGUGAGAGGCACGAUGGAGAUUCUCGAAGGUGUCAACAGGGUCGCGCCGAGUGUCCGGCGGGUGGUGGUUACAGGGAGCUUUGCCGCCAUCGGAAACCCGAAAGACAUGCAAGGCAACGGCAAGGUAUACACCUCCCAGGACUGGAAUCCUAUCACGGAGGAAGAGGUUAGCUCGGCAGAGCCGCGACUGGCCUACUGGGUCAGCAAAACCCUCGCCGAAAAAGUUUCCUGGAAGUUUAUGCAAACCCAAAAGCCACAUUAUGACCUGGUUGUACUCAAUCCCCCCAUGGUCUAUGGACCUUUGAGGCACUCUGUCACGAGUAUCGAGGAUGUCAAUGUUUCGAAUUACAACAUCUGGCGAGAUUUUCUGAAUUCCACCAAGUCCAGCAGCAUUCCGAAAGAAUGGGUCCACGCCGAUAUAGAUGUGCGGGACUUGGCAGAAGCGCACUAUAGAGCUGCGUUCACCUUGAAAGGAGGAAACAAGCGCUAUCUAAUCGCUCGAGGCCGUAUCAGCAACCAAGAAAUUGCAGACAUUCUGCGAAAAUAUUUCCCCGAAGCUCACGACAGGAUACCGAUUGGGCAACCUGGUACACAGUCAUUUCCCGACAAUGCUUUUGAUAUUGACGGAGAUGAAGCAAAGCGUGACUUGGACUUGACUUACAGAAGCUACGAUGAGACGUUCAAAGACUUAGGGAGACAGCUGCUGGACAUUGGAACGUCCGGAACCAAGAUAUAA